AUGAUUAAUAUCACUAAACUAAUAAAGCAAAGAUAGCAGUAUACUACAAUAUUGGAAGACAAUUCCAAAUUAUUUAUUAAACCAAUAGAUGAAUUAGAUGAAAUCACUUUUAGUGGAGAAUAUUUAAUUUAAAAGAAUGGAAAACUAAAAAAGAAAUUUAUAUAAUUUUACUAACACAUCAUGGUUUAUUCUAAAAAAGUAUUUGUUUUUAUCUAAAAAAAGAAACAUUUUAAUAUUUUAAAUGCCACUUUAUUAUUACAUAUUACAAGUCUUAAUGAAAUUGAAGGAUUGAAAUUUAUAAAAUCAGGCACUUCUAUAGAAAUAUAUAACAAUGCAUCUGAGUUAUAUCUCUACAUCCGUAAAUAUUGUAUCCAAAGAGAAAUUCCUGAGAGAUACAAAAUAACCAAAACUCUUUAUUAUGGCAAUAACUCUACAGUAAACUAUAAUUUAAUGAUUAAGUUUCUGCAACUAGAAUCUACAUUACAAUUUAAAGCAGUUCAUGUGGCAAAGAUUUAUGAAAAAUAAAAUUAUCACACUUAAGAUUAAAUAAAUAGUAUAAAGAAAGAAGUUUAGAUACUUCGAUAGAUAAAAAAUUCACAUAUAUCAAAUCUUAUUGAAAUAUUUGAAAAUGAUGAAUUAAUCUUUUUAAUAAUGGAAGAAUUAAAAGGAGAAAGCUUAUAGACAAUUUUAGAAAAAUAAUAGCAAAUGAAUGAGAAUCAAAUAAAAUAGAUUAUGAAACCUCUUUUUGAGUGUGUGGCAUAUUUACAUUCAAAUAAUAUUUUCCAUCGAGAUAUUAAACCUUAAAAUAUAAAAUUUAGAUAUUCAGAUAAUAAUCUUGAACCUUGUCUAAUAGAUUUUAGUUUAGCUGAUUAUUGGAAUAAAAAUGGCAGAUAUAUAUUUACAAGAUGUGGUAGUGUAGGUUAUGUGGCACCUGAGGUUUUAUAAGAUAAGAAAUAUAUUCUUAACAUAGAUAUCUACAGUUUAGGAAUUAUAUUUUAUAUUUUGAUUACUUAAAAACAUCCUUUUGAAGAUCUAGACAAUAAUAAAAAAAUAUUAAAGAAUUAUAAUGGUAAAGUUGAUUUUACUGAAAUACAAUGUUCAUAAAUUCUUUUGGAUUUAAUUAAAAAAUGUUUAGAGCUUGAUUUUACUAAACGUUCAAGUUGUAAAGAAAUAUUAAGUCAUCCAUUUUUUUCUAAUAGGAUACCAAAAUUACUUUCAUUUAAAAUAAAAGAUUAAAAAAAAUCAUUGCUUAUAAAGACUCAUAGAAAUUCAAAUUUCUAAUGUGUUAAUAAUUUAGCAUCUGAUCAAUCUAUGAAUAGUCUCAGCUAAUCCAAAUCUCCUUCCUAAUUUGUUAGUUACAGACAUUCUCUCAACUUAUAGAAAUAAACAACAGUUUUUCCUGAAAGUAUUUAUUCAAUAUAUAUAAUAGUUAAUAUCUUUUAAGGAAAAUCAAAAUAUUUUUUCACUAGAAACUCUCAGCAUGAAAGUUUGAAUUGA